AUGAAUUGUUUCUCGUGCUUUUCUACAACAAAUACAGAUAAUGAAGGUUCUUCCAUGCCUGCUCCCUAUAGGCAACCAACCUCACCUAAGAAUAUGAGAGAGAGAGCAACAGGAGGAGUCAUAGCAGACGCGCCAUUGAACAAUAUCGAGGCAGAGACUUUCACGUUCCGUGAGUUAGCCACCGCUACAAAGAAUUUCAGACAAGAGUGCCUCAUAGGAGAAGGCGGGUUCGGGCGGGUUUACAAAGGAAACCUCGAUAAAACAGGACAGGUCGUAGCAGUGAAACAACUUGAUAGGAAUGGAUUACAAGGCCACAGAGAGUUCUUGGUCGAGGUUUUGAUGCUUAGUCUUCUUCAUCAUUCGAAUCUUGUGAAUCUAAUUGGCUAUUGCGCCGAUGGAGACCAAAGACUUCUUGUUUACGAGUAUAUGCCUCUUGGAUCCCUCGAAGAUCAUCUCCUUGAUCUUGAACCGGAACAGAAACCACUAGAUUGGAACUCUCGUAUUAAGAUUGCUUUAGGAGCAGCAAAAGGUCUUGAGUAUCUUCACGAUACGGCUAAUCCUCCUGUAAUUUAUCGAGAUCUAAAAUCGUCAAAUAUAUUGCUUAACCGAGAUUUCGUUGCAAAACUAUCGGAUUUUGGUUUAGCGAAACUAGGCCCUAUUGGAGAUACACAACAUGUGUCUUCCCGAAUUAUGGGAACUUACGGUUAUUGUGCCCCUGAGUAUCAGAGAACUGGCCAUCUUACGGUUAAAUCAGAUGUCUAUAGCUUCGGAGUUGUACUGUUGGAACUUAUAACCGGAAGGCGAGUUAUUGACCCAACCAGACCUAGUAAUGAACAAAAUCUGGUUAUUUGGGCACAACCGAUAUUCAGAGAACCGAGUAAAUUUCCAGAGCUAGCUGAUCCAUUUCUUCGAGGCGAAUUCCCAGAAAAGAGUUUGAAUCAAGCUGUAGCUGUAGCGGCGAUGUGCCUUCAUGAAGAACCUACGGUCAGACCACUAAUCAGCGACGUUGUUACAGCCCUCAGCUUUCUUGGUGCAUCUUCUGGUUUCUCAACUACCAGCCCAAACCAUUUGCAAAAAGAUCGAUCCGAGAAUUAUCAUGAUGCAGUUCAGUGGGAUUCAAGUCCUAGAUGA